AUGAUAUUUCAAGUGUCUAAUUUCAACAAGUGAUUGAUUGCUACAUGUUACUACCAGAAGAAAUAUAAUAAUCUGUACUAGCAAAUGGAACAUUCAUCUUAUGUAAGUGUGAUAAUUUCUUCCUAUUCUAUUUGCUCUGUGACCUACAGUGUUUACUUCUCCUACAUUAAUCAAGUUGAGUACAAUCUUAUAAUAAAAAAAAACAAGCCGAUGGUAUUUACAUCUUUUUUUAAUAAGUUCAUAUUAAUUUGUUUUAAUAACACAUAACUUGAAGUCCAGUCUUUGGACAUUAUCUUUACGUAAUGCUUUUGGAUGCGUUCAGUCAUGUCUUUGUAUUUAUUCUGUGGGGAUCCCAUACAUGAUUCUAAGUUAUGUGAACGAAUGUUUAAAAAAGACUUUGAAAUGGAUAUUGGGCAAUUAACAACAUUCCUUCUAAUAAUUCCCAUUAUUUUGUUGGAUCUUUAUAUAUAAUAAUGUAAAGCCGUGCAUUGGUCAUUCCAGUUUUGAGAAUCAUUUAUUAUGAUGCCUAAAUAAUUUUCUGAUUUUACGUUUGCACAUGUAUUUAUGCGCAAGUAUGUUGUCAACUUUCAAUGGUUUGGAUUGACACUCAGUCAAAAUAAUGAAUUAUGGUUUUAUUAUGGGACUACAUGUAGUUCUGUUUUUCAUAUAUUUACAUGUACAUGUAGGCCUAUUUAUGUUGAUACAUGUACAUGUACCACAAUAAUGUUGAGAGAAUUUUCAAAACAUUUUUAAGGGUAAUUUCACCCUGAUAAAACUGGAAAAAUUUAGAGAAAGAUAUUGGUGAAGGAUUGAUGAAAAUUAGUGAAAGAAAUUGAAACAGACUAAAGAUUUUUUUUAAUUUGAAAUUAUGAUGUCACAAACGAGCAGCUCUGUAUAGCUGUGGAUAAAUUCCACCAAAUUGCAUUUUCUCAAAAAAGUCAUAAUUGAUUUCAUUUAUGCAGUGGAUUUAUCAUCAGACACAUGUACACCUGUACCUGUAAUGGCAUACCCCUGGCUAUAAGAAAAUAAUAUUAUUCAUCAUAUCUGUUAAAUGGAAGUUGUUGCAUGAAUAAUGUACAUGUAUAGGGAGCUGCUCACAUAGGACAUAAUUUAAAACUUUGAAAAUCCAUAUUAAAACCAACUUAUCGCCAGGAUGAACUUCCCCUAAACUUAGUUAAAUACCACCAAUAUAUUGUCUUCAAUAUGUACAUCAGUACAUUGCAUGUUAAGGCAGGGGGGGGGGGCUGCUAUGUUACUGGAAGAUUGUGGAUAGAAAAUAUAAGUGAAGUGCCUUUUGAAAACUACACUGUACAAACUCCUGUUUUUAUUCACCAAAAAAAAAUUUAACAAUAAUCCUCUGGUUCUUUACUUACAAUAUGUUGUACAGUAAAGCCUAACUUUAUACAUGGCAUGAACAUUACCAACAUCAUCUACUGAGUACAUGAACAUGCACUCUAACAAACUUUUAUAACAAUCAGAGGAACAGUAGGUACAUUAUACAUGUACAUGUAGUAAGCUGUGUAUAGAGAUGGACAUAUUUCAUUAUUGUUUGGGUAAAAGAUGUGUGGGUUGAGUCAUAUACAGUGUAGUUUUCUUUCAGUACUCAUAUUUACACAUCACUGACUGUAUUUAUCUAUUUGUGUGUGUUUGCUCAUUCUAUAUGAUACAGAUGGUAAUAAAAAGCUGCAUGUUCCUGGAUGAGUAAAACCGUGAUGUAAAUUAUAUUAAAAUGUUUUUAUAUGGGCAUUGCAAAUGUUUGCAUGCACAUGUAUAUAAUGUAUGCGUGCUACAUAUUCCAAGCAUGGUAAAAACAAUAUUUUAUAAAGGCCUAUAGUCAUAAUAUUCUACUCAUUUGUCACAUUUUCAUAAGCAUUUGAUACACUGUAAAAAGAGUGAAAAUUCAUCUAUCAAAACUACCUUCAAAAUUGCAGUUAUACAGGUAGGACAUUGAAAAAAAUGAUGAUGAUGAUACAAAAGGGCACUUGAUACAGCUACAUUGUAGGUGUUUCUGUUAUAGCGUGCGAACAAUAUGAACAAGUAACAAUAUUCCUGUAAUGUCAUGUGUAAAAUAUAUGUUUUAUUUUCUUCUUUUUAUUCAGCUGUCCACCUAGAACCUUUCUCCCCGCACUGUGCCGUAUAUUUCUUGACGAGCAUGCUCCGGACAACGUACUGGAAGUCACUGCCCGAGCCAUCACCUACUACCUGGAUGUCUCAGCGGAGUGCACUCGUAGGAUCGUGGCUGUAGAUGGCGCUGUUAAGGCCCUUUGCAAUCGUCUGGUUGUUGUCGAGCUGUCUUGUCGAACCAGCAAGGAUUUAGCUGAACAAUGCAUUAAGGUCCUUGAACUGAUGUGCACAAGGGAGUCAGGAGCCGUGUUUGAGGCUGGUGGUCUCCAUUGCGUCUUAUCUUUCAUCCGAGACAACGGCUCCAUGAUCCACAAGGAUACCCUCCACUCGGCCAUGGCAGUGGUCUCCAGGCUCUGUGGCAAGAUGGAGCCAUCGGACGGCUCCUUGGAGACGUGUGUGGAGUCCCUCUCCACUCUGCUCAAACAUGAGGAUCCGCAUGUUGCUGAUGGAGCCUUGCGCUGCUUUGCAUCCCUCGCUGACCGCUUCACAAGGCGUGGGGUAGACCCGGCCCCUCUUGCCCGGCAUGGACUGACCAAUGAGCUUCUGGAACGUCUGGCCAACUGUGGUCAGCCGGCCUCCUUCAGCACCACCGCCACCCAAUCCACCACCCCGAGGGCAGCAGCAGGGGCGACACCAGACUCCAAGAGCAAUCCGAACAUCUCCACAGUCAUCAGUCUACUAUCAACUCUAUGCCGAGGCUCACCUAGUGUUACUCAUGAUUUAUUACGAUCAGACCUUCCAGCUUCAAUAGAAAAGGCACUCAUGGGCGAUGAAAGAUGUGUCCUGGACACCAUGCGUCUGGUUGACCUUCUCCUGGUGCUUCUCUUUGAGGGUCGUAAGGCACUCCCCAAGUCCAGCAUCGCCCCUAGGCUUCGUAGCAGCACUACCGGUCUACGUCGCCUUGACAGCGCCGGAGAACGGACCCAUCGUCAUCUCAUUGAUUGUAUUCGUAGUAAGGAUACCGAUGCACUCAUCGAUGCGAUUGAUACCGGAGUUGAAGUUAACUAUAUGGAUGAUGUUGGUCAAACAUUGCUUAAUUGGGCUUCAGCCUUUGGAACACAGGAAAUGGUCGAGUUUCUUUGUGAGAGAGGAGCUGAUGUUAACAGAGGUCAAAGGUCGUCUUCUCUACACUAUGCUGCAUGCUUUGGUAGACCUCAAGUAGCCAAGACCCUGCUUCGUCAUGGUGCUAAUCCUGAUCUAAGGGAUGAAGAUGGCAAAACCCCUUUGGACAAGGCCAGGGAAAGAAACGAUGAAGGUCAUCGUGAGGUCAUGCAAAUUCUUCAAUCUCCAGGUGAAUGGAUGGUUCCGGUAUCAUCAGCCACAGAGUCUACCAUCACCAGCCCGGAGGAGAUCAAACCAGAGGAUGGAGACCGGGAGCCCAAGGGAGACCCUGAGAUGGCCCCUGUAUACCUCAGGAAAAUGCUGCCUAUCUUUGCUCAAGUCUACAACAACACCAUGAUGCCUUCAGUCAGGAAAGCCACCUUAGCUCUUAUACGUAAGAUGAUCCACUAUGCACCGUCCAGGCUUUUAUGUGAGAUCUGCUCAGGAGACCUAUUAGGAUUCACGCCGAUCUUGGUUGAAGUAUUGGCAGCCGUCUUAGAUCAUGAGGAUGAUGAUGAGGGUCACCUGACAGCCCUUCAAAUCAUUCAAGAUCUAAUGUACAAGGGCCAGGACCUGUUCUUGGACCACUUUGCCAGACUAGGUGUAUUCAGCAAGGUGUCGUCCCUCGUUGGACCCAUCGAUGAUGAGAGGGAAGAAGAAGGAGCCACUGCCCAAGUCAAAAGGGAGAUCCCUGAUGAUCACCACCACCAACUACAGCAACAGCAACACCAUCAACAUAUGCAGCAGCAACAACAACAGCAACAACACCAGCAGCAGUCACCACAGCAGCAACCCCAGCAACAGAGGAUGGAUGAUUCUAAGGAGGUUGUGUCAGGUCGACCUUACAGCUGGAAAGACUGGUGCCUUGCCAGGGGGCGGGACUGUCUCUAUAUCUGGAGCGACGCUGCCGCCCUGGAACUCUCCAACGGCAGUAACGGCUGGUUCAGGUUUAUCCUUGAUGGAAAAUUGGCAACCAUGUACUCCAGCGGUAGUCCUGAGGGAGGAUCUGAUAGCUCAGAGAGCCGCAGUGAGUUCCUUGAGAAGUUACAGCGUGCCCGGAGUCAAGUGAUGCCAGCUAUCCAGACCCAACCUAUCCUCUCCACACCCGGUCCUACCAAGCUCGUCGUCGGUAACUGGACUUUGCAAUGCAAGAAGGAAGGUGAACUGGUCAUCCAUAACUCAGAUGGGCAACAGCAACAGGCAACAGUCUUGAGGGAGGACCUAGCUGGAUUCAUCUUCGAGUCCAAUCGUGGGACCAAGCAUUCUUUCAUCGCUGAGACCUCGCUUGGUCCAGAGUUUUCUACCGGUUGGACCGGUAAGAGAGGAAGGAGAUUCAGAUCAAAACUGGAACAAGUCCAACAAAAGGUUAAGGCACUUGCCCGUGAGCUGUAUGAAGGUUACUUCAAGGUUGCAGAGUCCCAUCCUCGGGAUGUAGUAGCCAAACUCAACUCUAUCGUCCAGCAGCUAGAGGCUGGAUGUGACCUCUACAAUGACCCCAUCAAGGGGAUUGAUGAAGAACAGGGCUGGAUGGAAGAGAUGAAGGCCGCCCUCGAGAGUUUGACCUGCCUUCUUCGAGAGGAGAACAACAUCUCAGCAUAUGAGUUACACAGCAGCGGUCUCGUGCAGGCCCUGCUCUACUGCCUUAGUGAUGGCUAUGAUCAUGUAGCUCUUCAUGACCGAUAUAUCAAGGAGAGGGUUGCACUGUUCAAAUCAGCUUUCAGGGAUACCAAUGAUGAAGAUGGUGGUGUGUCUCCUUCUGUGAUGCUGGUACGCAAGCUGGUAGCCGUUCUUGAAUCAAUUGAGAGGCUUCCUCUGUUUAUCUAUGACUCUGCUGGUUCUAGCUAUGGUCUUCAGGUUCUUACACGUAGGCUGAGGUUCAGAUUGGAAAGAGCUACCGGAGAGACUGCCCUCAUUGAUAGAACUGGGAGAACGUUGAAGAUGGAACCUCUUACUACUGUGGCCAGUCUUGAGAGAUACUUACUCAAAAUGGUCGCCAAGCAGUGGUACGACUACGAGCGAUCGAGCUUCACGUUUGUACAUCGUCUGAAGGAAGCACAGUCUAUCACGUUCAGACACACUCAUGAUUUUGAUGACAAUGGAAUCAUCUACUGGGUGGGAACUAAUGCAAAAACCGCCUAUGAAUGGGUCAACCCUGGUCAGUAUGGUCUGAUAGUGGUCAGUAGCUCCGAUGGACGAUCUCUUCCCUACGGCCGCAUAGAAGACAUCCUAAGCCGUGAUUCAUCAGCUCUCAACUGUCAUACCAAUGAUGACAAGCGAGCUUGGUACUCUAUAGACCUUGGAUUGUGGGUGAUACCAUCUGCCUAUACCCUGCGUCAUGCCAGGGGCUAUGGCCGAUCCGCCCUGAGGAACUGGCAGUAUCAGAUGUCAAAGGAUGGCAUCACUUGGACGACCCUACUCACCCAUACUGAUGACUGCUCUCUCAAUGAACCAGGGUCUACUGCCACUUGGCCCCUGGAACCCCUAGCAACUGAGAAGAAAGGCUGGCGUUACAUCCGUCUUCAACAGAUGGGCAAGAAUGCUAGUGGUCAGACCCACUAUCUAUCGCUCUCUGGAUUUGAACUCUAUGGCACUAUUACCGGGGUUGUGGAAGAGAAUUUGAGUGUUGCCCCUGCCAAGGUGGUGAAGGACCCAGAAUCAAGUAUGAGGAAGCAGCGUAAGCUGGUCCGCUCUCAGGUACUUCGUCAGAUGGUUAGCCAGCGAGGGCGCAGUACUGAUUGGAGAUGGAGAGAGUUUGAAGGAGCUCACCAAGCCGAGGGUCUUGCUUCGAGCGAGAGAGAAUCAUUGGUAGCUGCUGUGUUGAAAGCAGCAGCCCAGAACGAGCCCCUGCCCUCCAGGGAGCCCCCACCCCUCCCCCGUAUGAAAACGGUCACUAUCCCAGGCACCAGGAGCCCCUCCGUCACCAGCUCCAUGCCUGGAUCCACCCCAGGAGCCACGGGACCCAUUCUGGGUCGUAACAAGAGCAACUCCACACCGAGUCUCAGCGCUGGAGAGGGACCCGAUGCUGGCUCAGCUUGCAAAGAUAAAGAUCACGCCUCCACCUCCGAUCUCACAGCUCCCAGUUUGGCAUCAGCAGCUGUUGUCAUGGAGAAUCAGUUGAUGCGGUCCGGCCUAGAGGCGGUCCUGGCGGAGACAGAAGCGGUGGUCGACGGCGCCGUCAGUGCUGUGUUGAGUGGAGGAAGGAGUAAGAGGCUGGCGACGGACUCCGAGAAGGCUCUCUCCGAGGCUAUUGAGCUCCCUCCCACUACAGGUACUGGUUCUACUUCCGUGCUGCCCCCUACCACUAGCAGUAUGAGUGUCAGCGUACCCAACCUAAGCAGUAACCAGGACGUGGUCUCCAGCCUAGCCGAUACCUUCCCAUCUCUGAUGAGACAGAGCAGAGGUAGCGUCGGCAGCGGGAACAGCACCCUCUCCAAUCGGACCAAUACCUUCACGUCCAGCUUUGUGAGGUUCCCGUACUCCUCGUCUGGCCUGCCAAGUAACAACUACCUGAGCAGUGCCCAGAGUGCUCCUAACUUGCCCGGUGCUACCACGACCUCUAUGCCUACAUCAGCCAGCACUGUCCUCACCAGUACCCUAAGCUCUGCCCUCGCGACCUCCCUGACCUCAACCUCUAGCGAGAGCGAUAAUGAGUUCUUAGAGCCUUGUCCUACCAGCUCUCUCAUGGCAGAGCUGGAAGAUGAGGAGUUCCCGGAGCCUGAGGAUCUCGACGAUGAGAACGAGGAUGAUAGCGAUGGAGAGGACUACGACGAUGGCACGGAGGAAGAAGACUAUGACAGUCGAGGUGUUAGACGCAAGACUUGGGACGAUGAACAUGUAUUAAAGAGACAGUUCUCUGCCUUGGUACCUGCCUUUGAUCCCAGACCAGGCAGGACCAACGUCCAACAGACGACAGACCUUGAGAUACCCCCACCAGGUACACCUGACACAUCAUUUAGAGACGAGACUGAUAAUACUCCAACACCCAGACUAGCACUCUUCCUAAGAGGUCCUGGACUACAAGGGGUCCAGGAGACUGAAGUAUUCUGCGAAGAUCUACGAUCCACCAUCUUUAGAUAUGUUCAGAUGCUGUAUCAGCAGACACCCACUGGUACCAAACAUGAUAGGUUACGCAGGAUAUGGGAACCAACCUACACUGUUGUAUAUAGAGAAUCAAGACCACAAGAUGAAAGCACCUCAAGUAUAGAAAACACAGAGGGUCCAUGGACCGUAGGCUUUGUACAGAGACACCUAGGCACUGAGAGGCUUCCUAAGACAGAACUUAUCAUGUAUCUACAAGAGAAAGCAGAUGCUCAAUUCCUGAGGAGAUGGAAGCUGACUAGUAAUGCUACGAAUAUACGUAGGACCAGGAACUCUUCUAGACUUAUAGCAGCUUACAGGGAAUUCAUCCAGCUUGGUUUAGCCAGACCAUCCAGCCAUCAGCGACUAAGCCAGGACUCGGGGCACGUCCUUAGCGAGAGUGAUGGUGGUAGCCUGAGUGUAGGUAGCAAGGAGACCGGUGCUUGCAGCGUAGAUGAUGUCUUACAGCUUCUCAGGAUCCUCUAUGCCAUAGCUACGGAUGUAGGCGCUUCCGAUCCUGAUGGUCAUCGCUUCAACGUGCCACCUGAAGACUUUUACAGUAAAAAGAUCACCAACAAGCUAGCUCAGCAAGUACAGGACCCACUUGUUCUUGCCAGUUUAUCUCUUCCUAAGUGGUGCGAGAGACUGACAAAUAGAUGUCCAAUGCUCUUCCCGUUUGAGACAAGGCAACUCUACUUCACAUGUACUGCAUUUGGUGUAUCAAGAGCCAUAGCCUGGCUUCAGGGCAAACGAGAGGCAAACACCGAACGUGUGCGAACACCUAGCACCAGACGAGAUGACCACCACGAGUUCCAGGUUGGACGUCUGAAACACGAAAGGGUCAAGGUACCAAGAGGAGAGCAGUUAUUGGAAUGGGCCAUCAAUGUGAUGAGACUCCAUUGUUCAAGGAAAUCCAUUCUAGAGGUUGAAUUCCUUGGUGAAGAAGGAACAGGUCUUGGUCCUACUCUAGAGUUCUAUGCUCUGAUAGCAGCUGAGCUCCAGCGUAAGAGUCUAGGAAUGUGGCUGACCGAUGAUGAAAUAGCAGACGACAUGUCAAGAGAGGUUGAUAUUGGUGAGGGUGAGAAGCCUCGCGGUUACUACAUUCAGAGAGCAUCUGGUCUCUUUCCUGCUCCCAUCGUCCAAGACAGCGAGGAGAUCUCUCGCAUAGAGCUCCUCUAUAACUUCUUAGGCAUCUUCCUGGCCAAGUGCCUCCAGGACAAUCGCAUGGUCGACAUCCCUCUCUCCAGACCCUUCCUCAAGUUAAUGUGCAUGGGCGAGACUGGCAGCUCCCACCUCUACUACACCUCGACGCAAGAAUCCUACACCUCGCCUCGGGACUCAGAGGUCUUCUUCGCAGAGAUGCAGCAGACGGAAGCCUCGCUGGAGAGCAUGAGCGAGCUUAUCUCCGAUCUCGCCAUCGACAGCGGCAACGAGUCCAAGGAGUUGAUCCUAGCAGCCGAUCCGCCCAAACCUUGUACUCCGGCUUGGUUUGCCGGUGUCCUGACAUGGUCGGACUUUGAGCUGAUUGACCCCCAUCGGGCAAAGUUCUUGCAGCAUCUUCAAGAGAUGGUGGAUCGGAAGAGACAGAUUCAGCUGGAUGGUAGCAAGACGGAGGAGGAUAGGAACAAUGAGAUUCAGAACCUGUGUCUGGAGACCUCACCUGGAAUACCAGUCAGGCUUGAGGAUCUAGGAUUGACAUUCCAGUUCAACCCAUCCUCCAAGGUGUAUGGUUACCAUAGCUUCAAUCUCAAACCUGAUGGUGAUGAGGAGUGUGUGACCCUUGACAAUGCUGAGGAGUAUAUCGAGCUGGUAACUGAUUUCUGUCUUCACACUGGUAUCAGGAGACAGAUGGAAGCCUUCAGAGAUGGCUUCAAUCAAGUUUUCCCUAUGGAGAAGCUUCAUAGUUUUAGUCCAGCUGAGUUCCAGACUAUUCUGUGCGGAGACCAAGCACCAGCAUGGACUAGGGAAGAUAUCCUCAACUAUACUGAACCUAAAUUAGGCUAUACCAGAGAAAGUCCUGGCUUCCAGCGCUUUGUCAACGUCCUGUGUGCAAUGAAUGGCGAUGAACGCAAAUCCUUCCUCCAGUUCACUACCGGCUGCUCCUCCCUACCCCCCGGUGGUCUGGCUAACCUUCACCCCCGUCUGACCAUCGUCCGCAAGGUGGACGCCAACGACCACACCUACCCAUCGGUCAACACCUGCGUCCAUUAUCUCAAGCUACCCGAGUACUCCAAUGAGGAGAUCAUCCGGGAGAGGCUGCUGAGCGCUACCAAGGAGAAAGGGUUCCACCUCAAUUAACCUCAGCUUAACUCUACAUCUCAAAGACUCUAGAAAUAUUAUUAUCAAGAUUGUGAUUUGACCUAGGCUUAAUUUAUAUAUUCCAUUGGAGUGAUGCUCUAGGCUCUCUCUGUCUAUAUAUAUAUUGAUGAUUGAUUUAAAGUAACCCCUGAAGAUUUUUGGAAGGGUAGCUAGACUCUGAGACUGAUUAUGAAAUGCCAAGAACUGAAUUAAAGCCCUGCUUCUCAAGAUUUUAGAAUUAUUGAUUCAGGUUUUGCAUAUUUUUAUCUAUUUGAGGAAAGAAAGUCAGAAACUUCAGCCAUCUCAUUAUUAACUUCCUAUGUUCUUGUUAUCUGUUGUGUGAUAAUGGAUAGUGAUUUUUCAAUAUAUUUUUUUCUUUUUUUGGGGGCAAAUUAUGUGCAUUUUUGGGAAAUUCCUUUGGAAAGGAUGUUCCAACAGUAAAGUUGUACUUGCUGAAACAUUGAAACUCCCAAGAAAACUUGUGACUAAGAAAAUAUUGGAGAAAUAUCACAGGUUCAGAUUGCUUGAUGAUGUGGCAGUGGGGUUUCCGUCUAUUCCCAGUGAUGUUUUUACGCGAGUUAAAAAUUGCGAGAGUUAAUGAUGAUCAGUUGGUUUUGUCCAGUGGAGGCAACUAUCAGACGUAUUCUACAGUUGGUAUGUGAAUGACUUAAAAUAUAUAUGUCAUUUUAAUCUUGCUCUUUGUCUCUCCUCCAAUACAACCUUGAAAUUUAAAAAAGUAUGUUUUAUUGUUUUUUCCACAAAAUAUGAAUUUGAGGUGGAGGAGAAGUAUUGGAAUUCAAAUCACUUCACUUGUGUACAAUUGUAUACAUGUUAGCACAUCAUUUCAAUGACACAUAUAUAACAAGCUCUAUUUUUUGAGUGGUUGCACAAAGAUGUUCUAUUUUGUACUUGGUGCCAUUGAGUUUACCUCAUCACUCUAGAUCAGGUCCAAAUCUGAAGAGUUUAAGAGACAAACUAUGUCACCUAUUCUUCCUGUCCGUAUAUGAAAUGCAAACAGCUUGACUUAUCUGCAUCACUGUAUUUAAAUUAGGAAUUGCAUUGUGUGCUUGCUUGCUUGUAUCACAGUCAAUUACCAAAGAGAGUCAAUAUUUGACUUCCAUGCACUGUAGAAAUACAUGUAGUAUAAUAUUCUUGAUUUGAAAAAUCAUUCUAAGAUAGAAUAAUUGCACCAAAUUGAAUUGAGAAUCAUUCAGAAUAAUAUUUUUCUUUUGCACUGGAAAUGUCAUCAUUAUGACUAUUUUAUUUUAUUUUGUUUCUCACAGAUCAAUCAUCUUUAAAAUUUGUGCAUUGAAUGAUUUUGUUAACCUUGUUAAUAAUGUAUUCUUGUUAACUCUCAGAAUUAAUUAUCCUAUGGUACUCAAUUGAAGUAAAAGCUUUGGCCAUAUCUGUGCUUUGAUACACUUAUUGCUUACUAAUAAGAAAUCAAGGAAUAUCGAUGUGCAAUUGACAUCGUAUCAGCCUCAGUGUUUCCUGUGCUAAUGGCUUUAUUGUCUGAAAUUUGUUCAUCAUGCCCAACACAAAAAUGUCGGAAAGUGCACCCUAUUUAACACAAUCUUUUCAAUGUGAAAUUAUUUUGUUUUCAUACAUUUUGGACAUGUGAAUUCUGUAAAGCUUUUGAGCUGUUAUAAUUCAAUAAUUAUUUCCUGUCUCUCUUACAUUGAUAGAUAUUUAAAAAAAAAAUCAACUAUUUUUUUGCCAUUAUUUUUCUAUUUUGUUUGGGACCAUUUUUUUGGGGGGGCCAUUAUUUAUUUUCUUUGUAUGGGACUGCUCACAUGUUUGAAGAAAAGAAGUUGUCUUUGGAAUUAUGACAAUUUUCUUUUAUGAAAGGUUGUUUUCAUAAUUGAAGAAGGUUGUUUAUAUGCCAUUUCUUAUGUGAUAUUGUCAAUUACAUCUUGAUUCAAACAUUGGUCAGUAGUAUGUAAGUUUCAUCACGAUGAAAAUUUGUCUCAAUCAUCAAUUUUUUAUACUACUUUGUCUCUGUGCAAGCCAGAUCGGUAUUAUAAUUACUUUCUUCUUCUUUAAUCACAUCCCAUCUGUUGAUUGCUGUAUUUAAGCAAGGAUUCAUUCUAGCAACUGUGGACAUCAGAAGAUAUAUGAUAGAUAAUAGAUCAUUUCUAUGGUCUUUACAGAACAACAUAUAUGAUUUCACUCCUGGAUUUGUUUCUAAAACCGUCUUUGAAUUUUCUGUUUUCUUUCAACUCGCUGAAAUACAAUAUCUCCCCUUCACUUUUGUUUUCCUGCAUGCAAAGGAGAGGGAAACAUAAACUUGCAAUCAAUAUCUCCAUUGAUCUUAACUCACUCUAUGUGAUGAACAUUGUACUUACGAGUAUCCCAGAAUCUUAGAAGUGUGGAGUAGAUAUUAGUCUCAUACAAGAUCUCUAGAAUAAGUUCAGUCAUUGAUUAGUUGGCCGGUCAAAAAAAUAUCCCUUGCAAGCGAAUCAAGUGCCCUUAUUCAUUAAAAAAAAUUAUUUAUUAUCAUGAAAGUUAUAUAUUAUUAGUCUAUGAUGAUGGUAUAUGGUCGAUUGCUAGUUUCACCAAUUUAUCUGCGAACCCUUAACAAGGUGCAUAUUGCUCCUUGCGUUGAUGCUCUUAUUUGAUAUGUAAUUUAUGUAGAGUUUUGAAAAGUCUAACACUCUUUUGAUAUUUCGUGAACUUUCUAUGUGCAUGCUAUUUUGCAUUUAUAACAUAACUAAGAUUGUCUCUCUUGAAUUCAAAAGGAUUAUUUCUUACAUCGCAAGUCUACCUUGUUUGAAAUCGAGGCAGAGGUAGGCUAAAAUGCAUGCAAUUUGACUCUCACUGUUUAUUUUUCAAGCGAUUGGCAAAUUACAGAGAGCAAAACAAAGAACCUUGGUUUUGAGGAUGGGUGAGGAUCUCAUUGGGGAAUUUGUAGUAUGAAAGUUUUCCUGUGUCUACUAUAUGACUUCUUUGUUUAUUGAAUAUAAGGUGAAUAUAAGCAAGCUGUAUUAAAAUGUGCAAAUGUUAAGGUGAUGUAAACCUGAUGAUGAUGAUACAUGUAUUUGUAGUUUGGAUGAUCAAUGAAUGUGAGUUUCUUUUUGUAUAUUGCUCGUACGUGAGUAUAUCAAUGCACACAAGUAUUCAAUAAAGGACUUUGUGCUCUGUCAAA